AUGUCAGUUCCCAGUUGUCAUUAGAACGUGUUUUGGUUUAUUUAAAAAGUAAGAACGGUUUUUAAACGAGUUAAAAUGUGUUUUAAUUGUGUUAUUGAUGCAAAUUUGUAAGAAUUAUGGCUGAAGAUUUGAUUUCCGAUAUUUAUCGCGACAGAUUUCAAUCUAGCAGUAGCACGGACGAGAACGAAUCUGGUUCGGAACAAGAUGAUCACUCGCAGCAAGUACAACUCCCGAAUAUCACGAAUCACGGCAUUGGCAUUGGCACGCCGGUCAGAAAGCGUCGCGGAAAUCUACCCAAACACUCAGUUAAAAUACUAAAAAGAUGGUUGUACGAACACAGAUACAAUGCCUAUCCGAGUGACGCUGAAAAACUUACGUUAUCCCAAGAAGCCAAUCUUACAGUUUUACAAGUUUGCAAUUGGUUUAUAAAUGCACGAAGACGAAUUCUACCAGAGAUGAUUAGACGUGAAGGCCACAAUCCUUUACAUUACACCAUUUCCAGACGAGGCAAAAAAUUGACUGGUGUUGGUGCUAUGAUUGCUGAACAGCCAAGGGCCAAUUGGGGAGAGGAUAUACCUAUGGUUGGUGGAAAGAGAAUAAGAUUGGAUCAUGAUUACGAUGAUAGUAUGACAUUGAUGUACAGAUCUGAAGAGGACAGUCCCAAUGAAUAUGAAAGUUCAAGUCCCAGUGAAGAGGAAAAGUUUUCUCCAUGGCAAACAGUUAUUCGUUAUGGCGUUGCUAAAGAUGCCAACCAUCCAGCCAAUAGAGGGUCUGAUGUAAAACUUGCAGGAGAUGACUAUUGGAACAGUGCCCCUCAUCCUCAGUUGGCACACUUGCCUCAGUUGCCGCACCCCCUGUCAAACCCAAAAGUGCAGGUUAUGCCCGCCCACCAGGUAAACACUUUACUUCCAUCAGAUCCCUUAGCUUCAUCUGACGGUGAAGACAAGGACAAGUUUAAAUGUCUUUAUUUGCUUGUGGAAACAGCUGUAGCCGUUCGGCAGAGAGAAAAGGAACAAGAGGACACUCAGAUAUCAUAAUGCCCCCUCCUCUGUUAACAAAUACAGAUUGAGUGCCGAUUGUGCCUUGCUUAAAAAUUCGCUCAAAUACAAUUUGCUACAACAAAUUUUUAUUUCAUUGAAUGUUACAUGUUUUGCCAAGGUUUUUUAAGAAUUUGUUGUGGUGAAAAUCAAAAUUUUAUCUUUAAGGUUGCAAAAUUAAAUGUUUAUCGUUUUUAAGCUUGUAGUUAUACUGUAGUUUAGAGACUCACCUUGUAACUGAUAUUUGUUAAUUUUUGUAGAGCAAGAGUGAUAUUAAUACAAAAUGAGAAAUUUUUUACAUAUUGUUUUUUAUGAGUUUGUUAUCAGAAUUACUAAACAUGGCAUUUUGAUCGUCUCAUCAAUCAAAAAAAAAAUGGAAAAAUUGCGGGUAUACCAAAGGUUGCUAAAAAAUUUAAUCUAAGUCUUUCCAAGAAAACUCUUCCUAUCAUGAUUUUUAACUCAUUUGAAUAAUAGUUUCAUUCAUUUUAUGCAUUACAUGAGCAAAGUUAAUCUUGGAUUAAUUUUGGGCAUCAAUUUUGAUUUUUUUAAAUUUAACUAUAAAAUUUAAAAAAUCAGACAACUCUCAAAGUAUUAUUGCACAAUUUUAAUCUUAAAUUUAAUAAGCACUAAGCUUUUAAUGCAUGCAAUUCAUUUCUUCAAAUCCUAGUAAUAUACAAAUUGUGAUAAAAAUUCUGGUGAUACUUGUAUUUUAUAAAAGUGUUUUUACACAAUGACAAAUAAUUUUAUAAAAUAGUUUUUUUUAAUUCUUAAUCAAUGUGCCAUAAAAAAAAUUUGGUGAGACGAUCUAUUUUGUACUUAUUAUAUUGGAUCUGAUGUGCUACUUAUCACAAAAUACAUAUUUACUGUACCUGUUCUGCAUUUUGGCAAAAAAAUUGUUUAUUAUAAACAUAAUUUUGGAUCCAGUGACUACCAAAUUUCUUCAAUGUAUGUUGAAUGUAUAUUUUUAGAAUAAUAUUAACAGAUUUAUGUACAUUUUGUACAUCAGACUUUGGUUGUAGCUAUAAUUUUUAUAACUAUUUAGUGUUAGAUUUUUAUUUAGUUUAAUUUACUUUGGAUGCAGUCGCUGUUUUACCGAAAUGUGUCUCAAUGUAAAUAAUUUGAAUUUGUAUGAUGAAUAGGACCGUUUAUUUUUUUUAAUUUUUACAGGCAUAUUUCUUCAAGAAUGUUUCAAAAUAGUUUU